GGAAUCCAUAAAGUAACUAAAAAGCUGGAAAAAAGGGCCAGCGCCAAGGAGCGGCGGCAUCUGGCUCUUCUGUUCAGCCAGCGUCUGGGAACGCAGGUUGGUGUUAAAUUGAUGUUCUCGCAGUCGCGCGAUGAACCCGACGAGGGUGCUACCGAAAAUGUUCGUAUUGCUGAGGACGCUGCGAAAGACAGUGAUUACCACACAUUCACAACAAAUGUUGCCGUGAGUUACUGUGGUUCAUUUUCUGUUGCAGUACAAAAAAUUAAGCAAAAACCAUUGUGA